CAUACGAAAACUUAGAUACGUUUUUAACUUCUGCUACGGUGUUGAUAACAAUGAUUGCAAAUUUUGCAAAGGCAGCAGACAUACUGGACAAACGUGAAAAUAUUUUAAAAAUGAUUCAAACCCUUAUCAAUAAUCCUUGUUUACCACGGAACUCGGAAGAGAAAUUGAUCCAAAGCAAGUAUGAUCGAAUCAUAAGAUUUAGAUCAUUGGCCAAUAUUUCAUUUGUAUUCACAGCAGUGCUCUUCACUGUUGUUGAAUCAUUCUUUUGUGAUAUUUCUUUGCAAAUUUUACCAUAUGAUGCUUGGUAUCCAAUGAAUUUAUCAAUUUAUACCAACUAUUUGUUGGCAUGGACCCAUCAAAGUAUAGCUCAUAUCUAUGGAGCAUUGAUUUCUGCUGAUUAUGAUACUUUUGUUUCUGGAUUCAUGCUCCAAAGCUGUGCCAAGUUUGAUAUUCUUAGCUAUCGUCUUAGCAAUAUAUGCCGUAAAAUUCAAAAUAAUUUAAAUAAAUCAGAACAUGACGAUAAAAAAGAGUAUAUAAAAGAAAUAAUUGAUUGCGUUCGAUAUCACCUCACAAUAAUCAAGUUAAGUUAUUUAUCAUUUUUUUUUAACCUAAUCAGAUGCAAUAAAAAUUUAUUAAUAUCUUAGAUGUGCAAUACUUUUUUAUACGUACACAAUGUUUAUGUACUC